GGUCGAAUCCCAGCGCCGCCGCGCCCGCCAUGAACUUCUCGGAACUGUUCAAGCUCUCGGGGCUCCUGGGCCGCUUCUCCCCCGACGGAAAAUGCCUGGCCUCCUGUGUGCAGCACCGUUUGGUGGUUCGGGAUGCGAGCUCCCUGCAGAUCCGCCAGCUCUACACCUGCCUGGAUCAGAUCCAGUACAUCGAGUGGUCCUCGGACUCCCUGUUCGUCCUGUGUGCCAUGUACAAGCGGGGCAUUGUCCAGGUCUGGUCCCUGGAGCAGCCGGACUGGCACUGUAAGAUCGACGAGGGCUCCGCAGGAUUGGUGGCUUCAUGCUGGAGUCCGGACGGGCGUCACAUCCUCAACACCACCGAGUUCCAUCUCCGAAUCACGGUGUGGUCCUUGUGCACCAAGUCUGUGUCUUACAUCAAGUACCCCAAAGCAUGCCAGCAAGGGGUGGCUUUCACCAGGGAUGGGCGCUACAUGGCCGUGGCGGAGCGACGGGACUGCAAAGAUUUCAUCAGCAUCUUCGUGUGCAGAAACUGGCAGCUCCUCAGGCAUUUUGACACUGAAACCCAGGAUCUGUUUGGGAUUGAGUGGGCUCCCAAUGGCUGUGUGCUGGCAGCAUGGGACACAUGCCUGGAGUACAAGGUCCUGCUGUACUCCCUUGAUGGGCGGCUGCUCUCCUCCUACCGUGCCUAUGAGUGGCCCCUGGGCGUCAAAUCCAUCGCCUGGAGUCCCAGCAGCCAGUUCCUGGCCAUUGGCAGCUUUGAUGAAAAGGUGCGUAUCCUGAACCACGUGACGUGGAAGAAGAUCACGGAGCUUGACCAUCCAGCAACCAUUGCCAGCAAGAAGACUAUUGUGUAUAAAGAAGUGGAGAAAUCCCCAACUGUUGACACAGAGAGACUUUCUUUCCCUCCAACAAGAGCAUUGGCUAGUUCUCUCUUCAGCACAAAGAGUAAAUAUGACAUUUCCCAGGUGCCAAUUUCUUUACAGUACAUCAAACCAGUUGCUGACAGGGCAAAUCCCAAAGUGGGAGUUGGGAUGUUGGCCUUCAGUGCAGAUAACUGUUUCCUGGCAACCAAAAAUGAUAACAUUCCCAACGCCGUGUGGAUCUGGGACAUCCGGAAGCUGAAGCUGUCCGUGGUGUUGGAGCAGCUGUGCACGAUCCAGAGUUUCCAGUGGGACCCCUGCCAGCCCCGCCUGGCUGUGUGCACGGGCAGCAGCAGAGUGUACCUGUGGUCCCCAGCUGGCUGUGUUGUUGUGCAGGUGCCUGGAGAAGGUGACUUCCAGAUCACAUCUCUCUCCUGGAAUUCUAAUGGGGACUCCAUGCUGCUCCUGAGUAAGGACAACUUCUGUGUGUGUUACUUGGAAACAGAAGCGGUAAAAUAAAAUAACUAAAAUGCAUUAAAAAUGCUCCCAAGUCUGAGGAAGAAAGAGGAAAGGAGUCAAAACCUAUUGCCCAGUCUGAAGUGUUUGUAUUUAUAAGUUAUUUAUUUGAAGGAGCUCCAAGCUCAGUGUGUGAAAUACUGUGACUGCAUUUGAAUGAAGUGAUGUAGCAAGUGAAAUGUAAGGAAUGAGUGUCUGUUGCAAGAAAACAUGAGUAUUAGUGGAG